GUUUAAACAUUUUUUUAAUGUUUGAAGAAGUUCUCCUUUAAUUGUUUCAAGCAGUGCUUGUAGUUUGAAGAAGAAACAAGUGACUCGUAGCAUAGUAAAGUUUAUGUUACGUUUCGUUCUUUUGACAGAUUGUAUGAUGCACAAUAUUUUGAUAAAUACGUACGAUUGCGACUAAAAGAUGAGCAAACGUAUAAUUUUAACUAUCUACGAACUGUUGAUUUCUUAAAGUAUCUGUCAAUUUCGGCAAUCCUCAAGAAAUGGAUACUUACGAAUCUUUUCUGAUAGACUUCUUAGCAGGCGGUCUAUCUGCGGCGAUUGCGAAGACGGCGGUCGCUCCUCUCGAAAGAGUGAAAUUGUUGCUUCAAGUGCAGCAUACGUCGAAACAGAUAAGACCUGAGCAACAUUACAAAGGUAUGAUGGACGCGUUCAUGCGUAUACCUCACGAAACGGGAUUUUUCAGUUUCUGGAGAGGCAAUCUCGCCAAUGUUAUCCGAUAUUUUCCAACUCAAGCGCUCAAUUUUGCGUUUAAAGACAAAUUUAAAGCAAUCUUUCUCGGAAACGUGCCACCAGAUGCGUUCUGGCGACAGUUCGUUGGAAAUCUAGCAGCCGGCGGUGCCGCCGGUGCGACGUCGCUCUUAUUCGUGUACCCGCUGGAUCUUGCCCGUACCAGAUUAGCUGUUGACGUCGGAAAGGGCGAGAGACGAGAAUUCAAGGGUAUAACUGACUGUAUAUUUAAGAUUUUUAAAUCAGAUGGAUUUAUCGGAUUGUAUCGUGGCUUCAACGUCAGCGUGCAGGGAAUCAUCAUAUAUCGCGCGACGUACUUCGGACUUUACGAUACUAUGAGGGGCACGCUGUCCGAUCCGAAGAGUUUACCAUUGUACGUGAACUUUAUGAUUGCCGAGCUAGUAACAACGACGGCGGGUAUCAUGUCCUACCCAUUCGAUACAGUCAGGAGACGAAUGAUGAUGCAAUCGGGACGAAGUAAGACCGACAUAAUGUACAAAAAUACACUGGAUUGUUGGAUAAAGAUAACAAGAAACGAAGGUCCCGGGGCUUUUUUCAAAGGUGCAUUCUCUAACAUUCUUCGCGGCACCGGUGGUGCUAUCGUCUUAACAUUAUACGAUACCAUUAAAGAUUCGAUUGAGGAAGCAAUUUUCGAAAAAGAUCGAAAAUCUUAGGAAUUUAGUGAAUCCUAUCGCAUACAAAAGCUUGUCUUAUACAAUUAAGAAGUGUUAGAAGUUUCAUAUAUGAUUAAGGAUUUUGUUAAGUGCAAUAAUAAAUAAUUAUUGAAACAAA